GGCAAAACCCUCAAUUCCUUCCCAAAAUGCCCCCGCUUGAUUCCGGCCGCCGUCGCGUCGCCGCGUCCGAUGUCCACGCCAUCAGAUCAGAUCUCCGGCGGAAAUGGAAGCAAGAUCAACCCCUUCGAUCCUUCCUACAUCAAGAAGCUCGCCGUCGAUCCCCUCGUCGUCGAGAAGGUCAAAGAGGAGGAGGAAGCUAGGGCUGACGUGGCACUGGAGGAGGAGGAGGAGGUUGGGGCUGACGUGGCGCUGGAGGAGGAGGCGUGGGGGUAUUUGAGGAAGGCGGUGGUGACUUACUGCGGGACGGCGGCGGACGAGCCGGCGACGGCGGCGAGCCCGUUGAAUUACGAUCAGGUUUUUAUUAGGGAUUUUGUGCCGUCGGCGCUGGCGUUUUUGUUGAAGGGGGAGAGCGAGAUCGUGAGGAAUUUUCUGCUGCAUACGUUGCAAUUGCAGAGCUGGGAAAAGACUGUAGAUUGUUACAGCCCUGGACAGGGGUUGAUGCCCGCUAGUUUUAAGGUGAGAAGUGCACCUCUGGAUGGAAGCAAUGAAUCAUUUGAGGAAGUCCUUGAUCCUGAUUUUGGGGAAUCAGCCAUAGGAAGAGUAGCCCCAGUUGAUUCUGGAUUAUGGUGGAUUAUCAUUUUGAGAGCGUAUGGGAAGAUUACCGGAGAUUAUGCAUUACAAGAGAGAGUGGAUGUACAAACAGGCAUCAGAUUGAUCUUGAAUUUGUGUUUAUCAGAUGGAUUUGAUAUGUUUCCUACUUUGCUAGUGACUGAUGGCUCUUGCAUGAUAGAUCGAAGGAUGGGCAUUCAUGGGCAUCCUCUUGAGAUUCAAGCCUUAUUCUAUUCAGCCCUUCGCUGCUCUCGGGAGAUGAUCACUGUCAAUGAUGGAUCUAAGAAUCUUCUACGCGCAAUCAAUAAUAGGCUCAGUGCAUUAUCUUUCCACGUGAGGGAGUAUUAUUGGGCUGAUAUGAAAAAAAUCAAUGAGAUCUACCGAUACAAGACUGAAGAGUACUCCCAUGAUGCUACUAACAAGUUCAAUAUUUAUCCUGAUCAAAUUCCUUCGUGGUUAGUGGAUUGGAUGCCUGAAAAAGGAGGGUAUCUCAUUGGUAAUCUCCAGCCUGCUCACAUGGAUUUCAGGUUCUUUUCACUUGGGAAUAUUUGGGCUAUAGUUUCAUCUUUGACUACUCCAAAACAAGCUGAGGGAAUUUUGAAUCUUAUUGAGGAGAAGUGGGAUGAUUUUGUGGGAAAUAUGCCGCUAAAGAUUUGCUACCCAGCUUUGGAUUAUGAAGAAUGGCAAAUAAUCACUGGUAGCGAUCCCAAGAACACUCCUUGGUCAUACCAUAACGGCGGAUCUUGGCCUACUUUGCUCUGGCCGUUCACAUUGGCCUGCAUCAAGAUGGGCAGGCCUGAACUUGCCAGGAAAGCCGUAGCUGUAGCCGAGAAGAGACUCUCUAAUGACAAAUGGCCAGAAUAUUAUGACACAAGAACUGGAAGAUUCAUCGGUAAGCAAUCAAGACUUUACCAAACAUGGACUGUUGCUGGAUACUUAACCUCUAAAAUGCUACUAAAAAACCAUGAAUUAGCCUCUAUACUAACUUGUGAAGAAGACCUCGAGCUUCUUGAGGGCUGUGCUUGUAACCUAAGCAAGAGUGCUCGAACCAAGUGCUCCCGUCCAGCUGCAAAAUCCCAUAUUUAUUGAUUAAAUAUACUGUACAGUAUGAUAAGAGCAAAACCCUAAGUUUAGAUUUUUCAUUCGAUUGACCUAUGUUUAUCUCACAAUAGAUUCCUGUUAUUUUAGUUGGGAUCUUGGUGGUUGAGAUGUUGACAUAGGUUUUGGGCUGUAUGUUUUGUUGAUGCAGUCCAUGAUUUAGGUUUACUGCUAACAUUUGCAUGUAUUGAGUAAAAAAUUGUAAUCUUAUGUCCUGAAUUGUUUGUAUUUAUGUAAAUUGAGGGUUCUUAUUGAUGUA